AUGAUGGACAAACAAACAAACAAACAAACAGCUGAGGCAGAUCUACACUACAGACAAACUCCUGAUGGUGAACUGGACACUCCUGAUGCAGACUCUGCUGGUGACGUCAGUAGAGCGAGUCCACUCUAUUGUGGGGGUGACAGUUUUUUUAUAAGGGAUUGGAAGCCACAUGCACAAGGACGUCGUCUGAUCAAGAACUUUAUUGCUGGCCAUUUUCGUCAGGUUAAACCUCUUUCGUACGAUCGUGUCAAAGGUGAAAGGUUCGGGGUCAACUCAAAACGGCGGGCGGUCAGAGUCAGAGAGGACCGAAGAACUCAAGAAGAGUGCCACACAGGGUCCUUGUCCCAUGCACAUGUCCUUGAUCAGAGGAACCUCCAUGAACUGAUGGAGGAGAAAGAGGAGGAAGAGAAGGAGGAAGAGAAGGGGACAGGUCCAGAUGUCAUGAUGCGAGUAAGGGAAGACAGGGGAUGUGGCCUUCGACAGAACCAAGCUUCACAAUUGCAAGAAAAUACAGUCAUUUAGAAUAUGUGCACAUGCUGUUAAAAUGUCUCAAAAUUUGUCAAAAGAACUGUGACAAAUUCUUCUAAUCAAAAAGAUCUGUCUAUAAACCAUGACUUCUGAAAAUUAUACACAUCAACAUACUUAUUACAUGUAUAACUUGUAUAUCGCUUCUUCAGCCGAUAUUCCUAGAGUUGGAACCAUCCUCAUACAUACAUACAAAUUGUUCAUUCAAUUUCAUUUCACUCAGUUCUGGACCAGCAAAUGUACUGCACAAUCUGCCAUCAUACAAAAACUGUUGGAGCAAUAUGGAAUACAAUUAUGUUGCUUUAUAAAUUUAAAAAGAACCUGUCUUCUAAACACUUCUUUAAUUGAACAUGUUACAGAUUUUAAGUUGAAUUUUAAGUUACUUAUUAAGAUGCAAGCUUCAGUACUCAGUACUUACCAACAAUAAAUGCAUCAUAUUAUAAUAAGAUUGUAGAAGCA